AUGGAUAAUGAUGAAGAUAACGAGGGGAACCUGAUCGACCAGUUGGAAGAUCUGAUCAUUGACCAUCCGGAUGCAAAGACUAUGGAGCAGAUACUAGACACCUCACUAGACGAAACCUUUCAGAAGAAAUUGAACGCGAGGGCGGAUCAGAUCACCAAUUCACACUAUGACAAUAAGGGUGGUGACCUCUCCAAUGAGGGAGAAAAUGGAGGAGAUAUGUCUAGCGACUCAUUGGGAGGCAUCGAAAAUGAAUAUCAAUUCCUUAUACAGAAGACCAACUUACUCUAUGAGUACAAGGACUUUAAUUCUUUGGAUGUGGAGAUUAGUGAAUGGUUCACCUUUAACGAUUUAAAGGUUAUUGGUCCAUUGACUUACCUCGCAGAUAACUAUAAGUCUAAGGUGUCAGAGGGGAGGGAAGAAAGACUUCUCAAAUCGUACAUAAAAGCAUUGAAACUGGGUGCUAGUGAUGAAACCUGUCUUCCACUCUUGGUGUACUUUUGUAUGGGUGAGUACAGAACGGCUGUGUCCGAGAAGCAACAGCAAUGUCAAAAAAUCAGAGAAAAUUGCAAGAAGUUGUAUUCUUGGGGCAUAAUAGAGUACUUGCUCGAUACAAUUAUUGCUUUUUUUGAUCAAAGAAUCCUUGCUGAUACUAAGGAACACAAGAAUAGCGAUUUCUCCAGUCCAGUAUCCGUAGAAACACAGAUUCGUAACUUCAGAAUUCUAACCAUCUUCUAUUUCAUACUUAGCGUGGCCUUGGAAGAAGAAGAUGACUCAAAAUCUUUCCCUGGAUUGAGAGAUGCUCUUUCUAACAAAGACAUCCUCCUGAAAAUAGUUCAAUUCAUCGAACACUGGAAAUGGAAACCAAACUCUGCCUAUAGAAUUCGCUCACUUAUUCAAAUACUAUGGAAGCUACUUUUGGUUGAAUUUGGUGAUUCUAAAUGUCUUGAUAAAUGUGAUGACUUCUUGUGUGAUUUGCACGAGAUUAUUCAUAAGGAGGGUAAGGACUUACCUAAGAAUCAAUUGACAUGCUCUCCAUUAGACUACUACACAUUUAGAGAGGAUCUCAUGGCAAAGUACCCUCUUUUCAGUAAAACCAUAAGUACAAAUAACGAGUUGAUCAAAAAAGAUCCGUAUGAUUUCGAGACUGUCGCAAGAAUCGAUAGUUCUGAAACGUCCUCAGUGAGGAAUUCAGACUACCAGUUUUACAUGGCCAUGAAUGAAAAUUCCAAUUCUCUUACUAAUUUGAUUGAAAUGCCUAGGACAAACAGGAGCCAUACAAUUUCAUCUCAACUCCCUAGUCAAACGGUUCACAUUGCUACCCCUGUGCCUUCACCUCCAAGUACGCCUUCAGAUUACAUGUCCGGAGGAGAAAAGAUCAGGAAGCUGUACCAUCUAAAUCAGGCAAUGCCAUUUAUUUACCCAAAUGCUGAUGAAGGGGAAAUCCCUUACGCCAUCAAAGAAGCAGAUGAAAUAUUGAAGAAUUCUGUGUAUGAAAGUUAUUCUAAUAAGCAGUUGUGGGAAGAGAGACAGCUCUUCAUGAGACAAGAAAGGGGGUUCAUUAGCGAAUACGGUGAUCAAAAAGCGGAAGAUGGCCAAGUAAACGACGUAGAAAAUAACUACAAUGAAUCUAAAUUUAACUAUUCCGAAUCACUUUACACAAAAUAUCCUGAAAGUAAAGAUCAAAUUAAAUCACUUCUUAGGGUGGAAUCAUUUUAUUCUAAGAGCAUGAUUCGUUUAAAUUCUUUGAUAGAAACACUUGUUGAAACUAUCAAAUCUAACAAGUUUGAUUAUGAUCUUAAUUUCCCAGAGUGGGAAUUGAAUCCUGAAACCUCCUGCUUCACCAAACAAAUAGAAGAACAAAUGGAAUUCAACAAUGGGAAUUAUCAAAGUGGGAAUACUAAGGAAAAAAUUCAGUUCAUGUUAAUGCAGCAACUCGAGGUAGUCAAUGUUAAAGAGAUAACCUUGAAAGCUUCGACAGGGAUUAUAUCAUUAUUGCUUCGCUGGUUCAAGAAGAACCAUAUACUUAAAUAUUGGUACUUGGCAAGUCUUCUAUUCGAUCAGCAAUAUCUUUCAAUUAUGAUGGAUUUUUUAAACCUGAGCUUUAAUAACAAUAAUAUUCAGCAAAUGAAACAGCUGUCAGACUACAAUAUGCAAAAUAAUAACGGUAACGGGAAUGGAAAUGGGAAUAAGAAUAACACUAGUAAUGUUGACAGUGUUUUGUAUCAAAAUAAAAUCAUGAAUCCAAAAAUUGAAUUACCAGAUUUUGAAUUCUUCAAUAACUGUUUAGAGAAAUUUCCUGAACAGUACACCUAUGAGCUAAUAAACAAAACUACUAUUCAAGAAUUCGCCACUAGGAAAGAUUCAAACAACAUCAACAAUAUCCUUAUCACAAAAUUCAAUCCCAAUUAUUGUUUUAUAUUGAGCAAUCUUUUGACAAUUGGAGAUAAAAUAUUGCUUGGAAAUAUAACUCAAAGAAUUUUAACAUUAAGUGACUUGAAACCAUCUGAUAUGUUUAAACUAAUUCUAAUUAAUUUCAGCACAGAAUCGAUUAAUAAACCCAUACUAAAAAUGUUGAAGAAAUUGAUACCCUAUCAAGGACGUAAAUGGAAGUCAAACAACAUGGAACUUAUUUCACAAGUAUAUUUGCAAAGUAAAUUAAGUUUGAGAGAUAGCUGGUUGUCUGGGAAAGACUUGGAAAAUGAUUUCAAUAACUCAUAUGGUCAAGAAAUUGCCCUAAGAGGACUCUUACAGUUCUAUAAUAUGAAAAGAUACCCGCAGCAAAUGGAAAUGUUGGGUUAUGAGAUACUAGAUAACGAUUUCACUGCCCUAAAUUUGAAUGUGGAAUAUUAA